AUGGCAGACCGCUUCCCUUCGAUUGAGGACAUUGAUGCCGGUGAGACAGGAGUUGGAUCAGACACCGCCGCUCAAGGCAGCUUCCUUGAACGAGAACGAGCCCUUUUAGGAGAAGAUGCAGACCUCUUUGCCGCAAACGACAAACCUGGCGCAGCCACAGUACAAGAUGGGGACGACGACUUGCUAGGUGGUGAUGAUGGCGACUUCACAUCUGCCCCCGCUCAUCCUUCAGGCGGGGCGCAGGACGAUCUAGAUGAUUUUGAGAGUUCUUUUCCUGCCAUUGACACGAGGAAUGAAGUAUGUAUAUAUGACCCACUCCCAAGCGCCGGAUGGAUAGUACCAUUGAGCAAGCUGACAAGUUUACCGCAGAACGUUGGACCCGGCGGCACAAUCACCGACUCUGCGACGCCUUUCCAGGGAGGAGGCUACACGAAUUACACCGCUCCAUCACAAGACGAAGAGACCGAGCCCAUCCGAGAAUGGCGAGCCAAAAGAGACGCAGAUAUAGCCCGCAGAGAUGAGGCAUCGGGUCGCAAGAAGGAGGAGACAGUCGCUACUGCCCAAAAGGACAUUGACUCGUUCUACGAAUCCUACAACCGGAAAGCGGACAAGCAGAAAGCUCAAACGGCGAAAGAGGCAGAAGAGUUCCUUGCAAAGAGGGAAGACACAACGGCUGGAGGCACCGCCUGGGAGCGAAUUGCGAAAUUGGUCGAUCUUAGUGGAAAAGGUCAUCAAGGCGGUGGUGAUGGCUCGUCGAAGAAGAGAAUGCGGGAAAUGUUAUUGAAUCUGAAGGCUGACAAGGAAGCACCGGGCGCAUCAGGUGUCUGA